CUAGAAUACACACACUCGUUUUUGCGUGCCCCACCGCAACUAUCUUCUUCCCAAGACCCACCAGAGCGCUCACCCCCAACCCCAGCGGGCCUUACCUGGUCAGAGUCAGGAUGGAAUGUUCUGAAUAUAUCUGCUAGAUCCAUCCAGUCCAAUUUGUGAUUCAAAGCCACUGUUUCCUUGUUGAUUUUCUGUUUGGAUGACCUAUCCAUUGAUUCCCGCCAAUGAUAUUGGAAUCCUGUGAAAAUGCCAACUUUCUGGACUCGCCCAGUCUGAAGUUAGCCUAGAAUCGCCCGAGGCAUCUUUGCACUGAACACUGAAGGCUUGCUCUCAUCUCUCCUGGAAAGAGCAGUUGUGGGGAUGUAGUCUGAGGGUACAAAAUUCACUGGAUGCUCACUGAGGAAGAAGUGAGCUUAUACGGGUAUUAAAGUAAAGGAUGAUUUCAGAAGGUUGGGCAUCCAAGGACAUUCAGAUGCAAAGAUUGAGGCAAGAAGGAGACAGAGGAGGAGGAGGAGAGAAGAACAAGGAGAUGGAGUUCAGCUUUUCUGCCCGUGGACGCCGCAGAGUAAGCAUCGUUAAAGUCUCCCCUCCCACCGCCAUCAUGUCUAAGUCAGAGACUCCCAAAGAGCCUGAACAGCUGCGGAAGCUCUUCGUCGGAGGUUUGAGCUUUGAAACAACCGAUGAGAGUCUGAGGAGCCAUUUUGAGCAAUGGGGAACGCUUACGGACUGUGUGGUAAUGAGAGAUCCAAACACCAAGCGCUCCAGAAGCUUUGGGUUUGUCACGUAUGCCACUGUGGAGGAGGUGGAUGCCCCCAUGAAUGCAAGGCCACACAAGGUGGAUGGAAGAGUUGUGGAACCAAAGAGGGCUGUCUCAAAAGAAGAUUCUCAAAGACCUGGUGUCCACUUAACUGUGAAAAAGAUUUUUGUUGGUGGCAUUAAAGAAGACACUGAAGAACAUCAUCUAAGAGAUUAUUUUGAACAGUAUGGGAAAAUUGAAGUGAUCGAGAUCAUGAUUGACCGAGGCAGUGGCAAAAAGAGAGGUGUUGCUUUUGUAAUAUCUGAUGACCAUGACUCUGUAGACAAGAUUGUCAUUCAAAAAUACCAUACUGUGAAUGGCCACAGCUGUGAAGUAAGGAAAGCCCUAUCUAAGCAAGAGAUGGCUAGUGCUUCAUCCAGCCAAAGAGGUCGAAGUGGUUCUGGAAACUUUGGUGGUGGUCGUGGAGGUGGUUUUGGUGGGAAUGACAAUUUUGGUUGUGGAGGGAAAUUCAGUGGUCGAGGUGGCUUUGGUGGCAGUGGGGAUGGCUAUAAUGGAUUUGGUAAUGAUGGAAGUAACUUUGGAGGUGGCGGAAGCUAUAACGAUUUUGGCAAUUACAACAAUCAGUCCUCAAAUUUUGGACCCAUGAAGGGAGGAAAUUUUGGAGGCAGAAGCUCUGGCCCCUCUGGUGGUGGAGGCCAAUACUUUGCCAAACCACAAAACCAAGGUGGCUAUGGUGGUUCCAGCAGCAGCAGUAGCUACGGCAGUGGCAGAAGGUUCUAA